UGAGAUCUCGCGCGUCAACUCAGCGCCUUCCGGAACGCCUUUCUCCUUCAACCUCCAUGUCGACUCAAGGUUUAGCCUUCGCGUUGUAACCGGACACGCAUGGUAUAUCACAAUCGAUAUAUUGACAUCUGUUCUAAGGCUGCGCCACCGAUCGAGCUGCGAGCUGUGGCGUGCGAUGCGCAACCGCAACGCCCUUGCGCCUCCCACGCCACAGGAACAGGACUCGGACCCUGCCGCUGAGCGCGCUGGGCGCGAAUACUACGGAUUAACCGUGAGACGUAGUGGCUGUAACGAGCAGCCUGUGAAUGGGUGCCAGUGGGAGAGUGAGGCCAGUUCACAGGCAGAGCCUCGCCUCAAUAGUCACAACAGCGCUAAGGGGAAGGGGGAUCGAGGGUCCCAGACUUACCAGCAGAAACCUAACAUCAUUGGAGAGAAAUACAGCACUAGGAAGCACGUCCCUGUCACAAAAGCCAACGCAGCCGAGCAAGAGGUAGAGAGUGAUCUGAUCGACACCGAACAAUCAGCUGCUACCAAGGACGAGUACGAGUACCCAGAGGUGGUUCGCAAGGCCUUCGGAGACCGGUACCUCGACCUCCCACACGUCACUGGCGAAGUCAAGGUCACCGGUUUCACUGCGCAGGACUGGAAGAAUUUGCAGGGGUGGAUCGAGGCGCACGACGACCUCAAUAAAUUUGAGUUCGAGUAUGAUCAGGAGAAGCAGGAAUUGACUACGAUGACAGCCAGUUACCUGCACGAUCUUCUCGGCACGAUGCAAAGGCGUCACAUCAACAUGAGAUGGUACACCUUCUUCACUUCACCAGAGUGGGUACAACUCGCGCUCAAUAUCUCGAAUGACCCUGCGGACUACGCGUCCAUACGAGGAAAAGGUGGCUCGAAGAAGAUUGCCGAUCUGGUCGAGGCUAUCGCAGUUGGGCGUGACCUACUCAUCACUUCGCUGAACGAGACCGCACAGUCGCAAUCCCUGUAUAAUGAAUACAAUACGGAUGGGAAGCUAUCGAAGGUCAAUAUACCUAAGCUCCUGGAAAUGGCGGAACGACUCGUUGGUGAAGACGUGGACGACGCGGAGCUCGUCGCCUUAACGUGCUUCAACAUCGAGGAGCUAAUACCUAACGGCACCGAUAAGACAAAAUGGUCGGCGCCUCCAAGAAAGAGUUAUACUGCCAGUGCCCUCGCCUUUCAAGCAGCCAUGUACGAUGCUCUGUCUGCGAGUAACGCAGGUUUGAUUCGUGGUGCGGGUCCUCUGGUGGCCGAACACAGCGCCGUGUUCUUCGGCGCUGCGCGCGUAUUCUGGAUCUACAUACCGAUAUCUGCACUCAACACGCUCAGGAAGGCGGUUAAGGAAAGAUGGUCCAUGGAAAAAUGGAUCGCUAGUGGCUUCGCUAUCCCGGUGCUCGAGUCGUACGACGACAACCAGCAGACCCAGGUCAAACACUUCCUUGGCAACGUUCAGGAGGGGUAUAAGCAGAUGCUGCGGAUGCUGGCUGAGGUCUUGAUGACGAAUCCGCCGCAUCAGAACAUCCUGGGGAAAGCACUCGCUCAAGUCCAAGAUGACAAACAACGCAGCGCCCAGUACGAACAACUGACUAAAUAUUGCGAACACCUUCUCCACCCUCCGGACGAAGCUUUGAACUUCGACGACCACAUUCCCGAUAUCAUCGCAGCGGUCAAGGAGGGUGCCCUAGGUACUGCAAUGGACCGCCUAUACGUCAACUCCGGAGCUACACAAAAAGAGCGCCGUUCUCGUCCGCGUAAGACGCCGGAAGAACUCCUAGCAGGCUUACGAUACAUUGCGGAUACAGGAGGAGUCAAGCGGAAGCCCUCUGAGGAGGACGUGCAGGCGAACAAGCGUCCCCGCGAUGGGCCGAGCACGGCCGAGCACGGCGUGAGUGAAGCUUAA